ACUUCUCCAUACUUGAACUGAUAUAUCAGCCAUACAUUGACAAAAUAGUAAACAGCACUGGCCACACACCACACUUCCACAAACACUCUCUCUCUCUCUCUCGCUCUCUCUCUCUCAAUGGCGGCCAGCACCGCCGCAAAAGCUCGUAUGACCACCACUGCACCACCAUCUCUCUCUUCCCUCAAAUCCCUAAACCCCUCUUCCCCAUUCUCUCUCCCCUUCCCUCCCUCCCCUGUCUCUCUCCGCCGCCAUUCUCUCCACAUCACCAACGUUCUCUCCCACCCUACCUCCCCCUCCCCAAUCCCAACUCACACCUCCCGUUUCCCCCCUUCCGAACCCCGAAAGGGUUCCGACAUUCUGGUCGAAGCCCUUGAACGCGAAGGCGUUAAUCACGUCUUCGCGUACCCUGGUGGAGCCUCCAUGGAGAUCCACCAGGCUCUUACCCGCUCUAAUGCGAUUAAGAAUAUUCUCCCCCGCCACGAACAAGGCGGGGUUUUCGCUGCCGAAGGGUAUGCUCGUGCUACUGGGAAACCAGGUGUCUGCAUUGCCACUUCUGGCCCUGGUGCUACCAAUUUGGUCAGUGGACUUGCUGAUGCUUUGCUUGAUAGUAUUCCGAUUGUCGCGAUUACGGGGCAAGUGCCUAGGAGAAUGAUUGGGACUGAUGCGUUUCAGGAAACACCUAUUGUUGAGGUAACAAGGUCUAUUACUAAGCAUAAUUAUCUUGUUUUGAAUGUUGAGGAUAUUCCAAGAAUUGUUAAAGAGGCUUUCUUUUUGGCCUCAUCGGGUCGCCCGGGGCCUGUUUUGAUUGAUAUACCUAAAGAUGUGCAGCAGCAGUUGGUUGUGCCUGAUUGGGAUCAACCAAUGAGGUUGAAUGGUUAUGUGUCUAGGUUGCCUAAGACUCCUGAUUUCGGGCUUUUAGAGCAGAUUGUUAGGUUGAUUGGGGAGUCGAAGAAGCCUGUUUUGUAUGUGGGUGGGGGGUGUUUGAAUUCGAGUGAGGAGUUGAAGAGAUUUGUGGAGUUAACUGGGAUACCUGUGGCUAGUACUUUAAUGGGUCUUGGAGCGUUUCCGGGGUCGGAUGAUUUGUCGCUUAGAAUGCUUGGAAUGCAUGGGACUGUUUAUGCUAAUUAUGCUGUGGAUCAGAGUGAUUUGUUGCUUGCAUUUGGGGUGAGGUUUGAUGAUCGUGUGACAGGAAAGCUUGAGGCUUUUGCUAGUCGGGCUAAGAUUGUUCAUAUUGAUAUUGAUUCUGCAGAGAUAGGGAAAAAUAAGAUACCCCAUGUAUCGAUUUGUGCUGAUGUGAAACUGGCUUUGAAUGGUUUGAAUAAGAUAUUUGAGAGCAAGGAAGGAAGUGUUAAAGGAGAAUUUUCACAGUGGAGGGAGGAGUUGGCCGCACAGAAAAUGAAUUAUCCGUUGAGUUUUAAGACAUUCGGAGAAGCAAUUCCUCCUCAAUAUGCAAUUCAGGUUCUUGAUGAACUGACUAAUGGAAGUGCGAUUAUAAGUACUGGGGUAGGACAGCAUCAAAUGUGGGCUGCACAAUUUUACAAGUAUAACAGGCCUAGGCAGUGGUUGACAUCGAGUGGAUUAGGUGCAAUGGGUUUUGGGCUGCCUGCUGCUAUUGGAGCUGCUGUUGGACGACCUGACUGUGUAGUUGUGGACAUUGACGGGGAUGGAAGCUUCAUUAUGAAUGUCCAGGAGUUGGCAACAAUUCGAGUGGAGCAACUUCCGGUUAAGAUCAUGCUUCUAAAUAAUCAACACUUGGGCAUGGUUGUUCAGUGGGAGGACAGGUUUUACAAGUCCAACAGAGCGCAUACAUUCUUGGGUGACCCAGAAAAUGAGUCUGAGAUUUUUCCAGACAUGUUGAAGUUUGCGGAAGCUUGCAACAUAGAAGCAGCUCGGGUGACAAAGAAGGGGGAGCUUCGGGCUGCCAUACAGAAGAUGCUAGAUUAUCCUGGGCCAUAUCUGUUGGAUGUUAUCGUACCACAUCAGGAGCAUGUACUGCCUAUGAUACCCAGUGGUGGAGCUUUCAAAGAUGUUAUCACUGAAGGUGACGGGAGAUCUUCUCAUUAAGCUUCAGCGUUAGCAAACUUGCUUUGGCACCAUACUUGUACUUUGCAGUUUUUAGCUCAGGAUGUCAGUUGAAUUUCAGCUUAAAAGUCAAGUGUCUGUUGUAUUCUCACUGAAUGCAUGGUCUAAGUGUAUUAUACAUUUAAUUUGUCAUGUUUGGGGAAUUAUCAGCUGUACUACUAAAUUAAAUAUCAACUUCAGUGACUUCAUAAUUUUCAAGAAAUGCUACUGUGUUAUGUUUUGUUUGCA